AUGCAAACUACCCUGAUACACGGCGACGACGGCUAUCGUCCCACAUCAGCCGUCGCACCCGAGAUCAGCGUUAGCACCACUUUCCGCCAUCCUGAGCCGAGGGAGGACGACGAACCAGGCCACCCGGUGGAUUACGACCCUGCGAACCCGACGAGGCAUGUCUAUUCCCGCUAUACCCAGGGGGUCAGUACGAGGGUCGAGAAGCUGCUUGGGCAGAUAUGCCAAGGGCAUGCGGUCACCUACGCUUCGGGUCUCGCUGCGGGGUACGCUGCUCUGGUGCAUUAUAAGCCUAAGCGCAUCGCCAUCCGUGGAGGAUACCACGGGUUCCACAUGUCCAUCAGCGUGUACCAGUCCUCGAACUCCUCUGUAGAGCUCAUAGAUCUGGACGACCCUUACAUGCCCGGUGAUCUCGUAUGGGUCGAGUCCCCCCUUAACCCGACGGGGGAAGUCCGCAACCUGAAGCACUACGCGGACCGUGCGCAUGCCGCAGGCUGCAAGCUCGUGGUGGACAGCACAUUUGCUCCUCCUCCUUUGCAGAACCCCUUUGCUCAAGGUGCAGACUGCGUCAUGCAUUCCGGGACAAAGUACUUCGGCGGUCACUCGGACUUGCUCUGCGGUGUGCUGGUAGUGCAGAGCCAGGAGGAGUGGAUGGAGCUCUGGCAGGAUAGGACGUUCCUGGGUAGCAUGAUGGGUUCGCUGGAAUCGUGGCUUCUUCUCCGGUCGCUGAGGACGCUUCCUAUCCGGGUGGCAAAACAGAGUCGGACUGCGACGGAACUUGCCAAGUGGUUGGACAGGAUUGCCCAUACACCAAAGGGAGAGACGUGGGAUUGCGUGCCUGGGGGAGUCAUCGAACAGGUGUGGCACUCGAGCUUGCAGAAGGAAUCUGGAGAGGCCUGGUUCAAGGAUCAGAUGAAGGGGGGAAGCGCUUGUUUUGCCAUGCAUUUGCACGAUCCCAAGCAUGCGAACAAGCUGCCAAACUUGCUCGAAUACUUCGUCAGCGCCACAAGCCUAGGCGGCGUCGAGUCCCUCAUCGAGCAGCGUGUCAUCUCUGACCCCGGGGCGAAUCCCAAACUGUGCAGACUCUCGAUUGGCCUCGAAGACCUCGAGGAUCUCAAGGCGGACUUUAGGCAGGCGUUUGGGAAGCUUCUUAGACCAGCGAAGCUGUAG